GGACUGUUGGUCGAUAUCGUCUGUACUGUAGAGAAGAGAGACGUCAUUUUACACAUCACGAAACCGAGAUUUCAAACUGCGCGCGCAAUGAAUGAGGCACCAGUUUCUUGUUUACCAACUAAUACAAAGAUGACGAGGGCUAAGAAAGUGAUAGAAGAAGCGAAAGAAAUUCAAAAUCCAGAAUUGGAUUUAGCUGACAAAGGGAUUUCUACUUUUGAAGAAAUGCCUGGGCUCUUUAAUAUGCUGAAUAUCACCAGGCUUACACUAAGUCAUAAUAAAAUCCGAGUUGUCCCUCCUGGUCUCGCUAAUCUAGUCAACUUAGAAAUACUGAAUCUGUUCAACAAUGUGAUUGACGAGCUUCCAACUUCUCUCUCUUCCAUGCCAAAGCUGAGAAUCCUGAAUGUUGGAAUGAAUCGAUUGGACUCUCUACCACGAGGGUUUGGUGCGUUCCCUGUCCUGGAAGUUCUAGAUCUCACUUACAACAACUUGGAUGAAAACAGUUUGCCUGGAAACUUCUUUAUGCUGGAAACUUUACGGGCCCUUUACUUGGGGGACAAUGAUUUUGAAAAACUUCCCCCAGAAAUUGGUCAAUUGAAGAAUCUACAAAUUUUGGUACUUCGAGAGAAUGACUUGGUAGAGUUGCCAAAGGAGAUCGGAGAACUUACUCGUCUGAGAGAGCUACACAUUCAGGCUAACAGACUGACUGUUCUUCCUCCAGAAAUCGGAAAUUUGGACUUGGUCGGUAACAAGUCAGUCUUGAAGAUGGACUUCAACCCUUGGGUGACUCCUAUUGCUGACCAGUUGCAAGUUGGAGUUUCUCAUGUUAUGGACUACAUCCGCACAGAAACUUACAAGUAUGUUUACAGCAGGCACAUGGCAGCGAAGGGACCUCCUCCACCCAAGCUCAACGACAAAAGUCAAAAGAUCUCCCGUCAGAGGCAAAAAAGCUAGAAAUCUCUACUGGCAGUCCGCAGUCGUACAAAAAUGUUUACCUAAACGGUCUAGAAUAACUUAUUGUUCCCAUAAACCAAAGGCGGCUCCAGACCCAAAAUGUUGGUAGAUUUUUCAAAAUUAUAAAUAAGUAAAAACAUUUUAUUGUAUGUAAAUAAAAGGAAAGCAUUUAAACUAAUUAUUUUGCAUUUAAGUUCCUUCCUUAUUGCGGCGAAAGCCUUCAAACCUCUCGUCCCCCAAUCAAACUCUUUCUUGAUCUUUGUCAGGCCUUAACAAAUUAUUCCUGGAGCCGCCCCUGCCAUAAACGUGGCUUUUAUUCAUCAAAUGACAAACUAGAGGCCUUGGAAGUGUGAAAAACAUAAUAUAUAACAUUAUUAAAUUGCAAUGUUCAGAUUUUUGUAACUAAUGUCAAUUAAUUAACAAUUUAUUACAAUGUAAUCCUAGUUUAAUCACUUCUAGAUUCCUGUGAAUUUAAUUAUGUAUAUUUUAAUGUUUACAAACAGAACUUGUUUGAAUCAAUUUAUAAUUUUGAGAGUAAUCUAGUUCUCUAACCUUUCCGUCUCUACAGUUCAAAUAGUAGACGUAGAUGACUAUUACAUUUCGGAAUUAAUAACUCCAUCAUGGCUGAAUACAAAAACAUGUUAAUUAAGACUUGUCAAACCAUUACAUAAUCAAUCGUUACGUUCAAUCAUUUUAAAAGUAUCAGUCCAUUAUUUUAAUAAACAAAGGGCUCAAAUGUUUUAGUCUUCCAUUUUACUAUGGGAACGAUAUAUAAUAUUAAUUAAUAAUUUGGCAAAUGAGGAUGGCCUUUACAUUCACUAAUGCCCCAGAGAAGUAAGGUACAGAGGAAACACACUUAUGGGACGACCGUACGCUUUUGGCGGAAAUAUCCUUGUAAGCAGUAGUGCUAGACACCACUUAAGUGUACCAUUGAAUGUUAUGUUUCCUCUGUACCUUUUCUGUGUUGGUGCUAAUGGUAAAACAGGUCUAAGUAAAACUAGCGGCGGCUGACCGAUGUACGCAGCAUCGACACUUAUUUGCCACCUAAACUCAAAGCACCUGUGGGAGGUGAUUUAAAGAGCUCAUUGUUGAUGUUGAGCUUUAGAAGUGAAGACGGUAUAGUAUUUAAAAACUGAGUAGUUUUACAAAUUGAAGUAUGGGCCCUGAAUUGUUGUAAUUGCAUAAACGUUGCCGUGCAUAAAUUCAGCCUUAUCUAUACAAUAGUUUGUGGUGCUAAUAAUAACUAAUGGAACAACAUUACCAUAACAGCAUUAAAAUGUUUAAAGAUUAUAAAUGAGUAGUACUGGUUGUUAAUUUAUUGCUAACUUUAUAUUUGUUAUUUGUGCUUGUAUUAAAUUAUUUAUAGUUUGCUAA